CUCCGGUACAGUCUAUAUUCAACAUGUUGUAGGCGUUACCCAGCGGGUUCCGUUUAGAGCUGACUAGAUAUGGGGUUGAUCCCAAAUCGAAACCGAAACUCUAUUCCGGCAUGAUGAUUUGAGUGGAUUUUAUAUUUGUAUAUAUUUAUAAUUUUGUAUCGGGCUUGAAAUAGUGUAAUUAAGUACUUUGGAAAGAUACGAUACGGCCAGUUUCCUCACAUCCAUUUUAGAACAACAAGGAAUUCAAUGGCGAGAAAUCUAGCGACGUUGUGACUUGACAUGACAACGUAAAGGCUAUUGGUCUAAAACUUGCUGGGCGGGAGUGCUCUUGCAUUAAUUGGUAGUUGAGAUAAAUAUAUCAUCCGUUCUUCAAUUUAACUGGUUCAUUUCUUUAUGCCAGUCGUUUGCUAGUUACAUGUUUUAGUUUUUUUUCAGAAUUUCUGAUGGAUUGAAACAUUUUUUAAAAGCUACAGUGUAUAUGUUUUUCUUAAUCUCGUCUAAAUGUUUUCAAUCAAUUCAUUUAUUAAUAGAGUUCUGGUGAAAUUCGUUCAAAGUAGCAUGAAAUCUCUUAUGCAAUAGCUAGCUUUUCGGCCACUUUUAGUUACAAACUCCAGCUACAGUGUACAUAAUGGAGAGCACCCAGUCCCCUCACCAGGAUAAGGAACUGUCUGUAAAGGAAGAAAAGUUAGCAGAGAUAGAAAUAAAUAUUAGCCAAAUGGAGCAUGAACAACCUGAGGAGGUUGAAGAGGAAGAGGAGGACGAAGAAGCACUUCCACACUCAGAAUUCCUGGACAUCUUUCAAGAAGGGCUGGCUCGACUUGUGCAGGACCCUUUACUCUGUGACCUUCCCAUUCAGGUGACCCUAGAGGAGGUGAAUUCUCAGGUGGCCUUGGAGUAUGGACAGGCCAUGACCGUCCGUGUGUGCAAGGCAGAUGGGGAAGUAAUGCCGAUAGUGGUUGUGCAGAAUGCUACGGUGCUGGACCUGAAGAAGGCCAUCCAAAGGUUUAUGGAGCUCAAACAACAGCGGGAGGGAGGUGUGAAGCAUGUUAGCUGGAGGUAUGUAUGGAGAACCUUUCAUCUCGUGUUUCAGGGACAAAAGCUUGACGAUGACAAAAUUAAAUUAAAGGACUAUGGGAUCAGAAACAGAGAUGAAGUGACAUUCAUGAAGAGACUGAGGAAGAAGUGAAAUAAAGGUUGCAUUGCAUUGAAGAGUUCCCCACUCUCACUGAUGCCUCUACCUCAUCUUCUACCUGGAGAUCUACAGUAACAAUAUUUAUACACUGUCUGAAAGACAUUUUGUAGAUAUAAAUGAAUAGAACAUGUUGUUUGGUUUUUCACAUAAAAAAAAUUUCAGUGCCACUACAAAUGAGUACAUUUUACUGUGCAAUCGAAGAAGUGAAAUAUUGCCUGAUUACUUUGAAUGUGUUUCCUCUUAUCUGCUAUAAAAUCUAUUAACCAGACAUGAAUGUAGCCAUCGAACCACAGUAUUUUAAUAACUCCUGUAGUUCCUGGUUACAACUAAAACUAUAUAUUUCACUAUUUCCUGGUGUGCAUUGAGGAGCAUACUGUUGUCCACAGGCUAACAUACAGUAGGAGUACCUUGAAACCAGGUAAACAUCUAUGUUGUUACAGUAAUAUUUCAAUUCAUGGCAUAGAUUAGUUUUCUAAGAUGAAUAGAAAAUGUACAAUUUAGCUUAAUUUUUGUUUUUGCAGGGUUGGUUUUCUCAUGCUGUUGAAGUAAACGUUUGUCUUCAUGUAAAUGUACAUUCUCAUGUUAACGCUUCCAUUGGGGCUUUACAUAAAGUUAGUGCUACAUCUAUGCUUUUGCUUACCAUCCAAGUGUUUAAGUGCAGAAAUAUAUUUGUCAUUUGCCCUGAUAUUGUCCACAUUGUGAUUGUGCCCACAUAUCCGGAGAGACCAUGGUAAUGACCCUAUAAGUUUCAUUCCAUUAAGUAUUUAGAUAGUGAGACACAUUUGAAAUGAUGCCAUGACCAUGGGGUUAAAGUACAGUCUGUCAGCUUUCGUUUCAGUGUAUUUUCAUCUAUAUCGGUAUAAACAUUUAGAAAUAUCAGUACGUUUUGUUCACUUGUCUUCGUUGACGAUGUACCUGAAGCAGUAGGAUCAAUCCUGGUGUGUACAGAAAUAUCUUGUCGGAUACGAAAUGCAGGCACUUCAUCUGGUAGUAGCACAAUGCCCCUAAACGUUCUACCAAUGCAACCAAGGGGUUUUUCAGGACCACCAGGGGACGUUUUCCUGAGUUGUCAAGUCAGUCCCCACCCCCGAAUCCAACCGAUUGGAUUGCAAGUGUUUCACUUGCUGGGCUGUGAACACAGGUCCCACUAGAGGACGUCGGGCCCUCAUGCC